CCGUAGUCAUUUGGGCUCAAGCCAGCUUGCAGUCUCGCCGCCUCGCGCCCGUCGGCUGCUGGAAGCCCGCCCUGCAGCGGAGUGAUGGCGCCAGCGCCGCUUGCCGCUGCCCUGUUCCUGGGAUCGCUGCUGUCGCUGGCGAACGGGCACGCGUACAUCACGCAGCCCGCGAUGCGCGGAGGCGCGUUCAACCAGCCGCUGAACGGGUACUGCCCGCAGUGCCUCGGCUCCUCCAGCCUGCCCCUGCCCACCUGCGGCCAGAGCAAGUUUCUGGACGUGGCCGGUCCCGUGACAGAGCUGCGCGCCGGGGAGUUGGCCGAGUUCGCGAUCCGCAUGACGGCGCACCACAAGGGGCACUUCGUCUUCAGACUUUGCGACAGGCAUCUCGAAGGCACUUCUGGCGGGCUCCAGGCGGAGGAGAGGUGUCUCAACGAGCACGUCCUGAAGCGCGCAAGGCCGGAGGAGGUGCACUCGGAUUGUGGCCCGAACGACAGUCGCGGCGACUGCCAGCCAUACGACGAGGCCAACCCGGGCUACUGGUACCUGCCUCCUCCUGGCCAGUCCGAGUACAGGUUCCACUACUGGAUCCCCAGCAACCUCACCUGCCAGAGCUGCACGCUGCAGUGGUGGUGGAUGAGCGCCAACAGCUGCACGCCGCACCGCGACGCCUACGCCUGCUACUUCAGGGAGAUGGCCAGGAGCGGCUGGAACGCCGUCGCGUGGUGGGGAGGCGCCAGCGCCUCUGCCAACUGCCCCGCCGUGCAGGCGCCUCCCAGGGAGUGCGGCGAGCAGUUCAAGAACUGCGCUGACGUACGCGUCGUGGACGGCAGCGGCACCUUCGCGCCCACGCCGCCGCCGGCCCCCACGCUGCCGCCCACGCCUGCGCCCACGCUCGCUCCUGGCGCCGGCUGCGUGCACCAGACCGACUGCUCGCGCAGCGCCUGGUGCAACAACCCCAGGUUCACCACCUGGUGCCCGGGCCACCAGGCCAGCGACUGCCCGUCCCCCCACUGCACAGUGAGCGGCAGCCGCCCUGGCCAGGCGCCGACGGCCGCGCCGACUUCGCGCCCCACCGCGCCGCCGACGCAGGCUCCGUCCACGACUUCGGCGCCCAGGCCGACGCUGCCGGCGCCGGCGACAUCGUCAAUCACUCCCAUGACGACCGGCAGCACGCAGCCGCCGACUCUGUCGUCGUCGACGGCGGGCCCGACGACGACGUCGACGAGCGGCGCGCAGACGACCGCCGCGCCGCCGGCGCCGUCCCCCACGGCGUCGCCGAUGCCCUCGCCGGCGCCAUCUUCGACGCCAGCGACAUCGCCGUUGCCAUCGCCAGCGCCAUCCCCGGCGCCCCCCGUGAGCACUGCUUGCACCGAGUGCGCUGCGAUGCAUCCCGGUGCAGCUUGCGUCUGGCCGACGGGGCAGUGCUACAGGGUGCUGGAGGACAUCUGCGCGCACUUCCAGGGCACCUGGUGCGGUGGCGCGUCCCUGGCAGAGUCCGGGCUGACGAAGACCAAGCGCCACCACGCGUUUCUGGGCGUCGCGCUGCUUCAGGCGCCUGCCCUGGAGCUGAGGCAGCACGGGGAGUUGUGAGGGCCACUGUGGGCCAUUUUUGUUUUUUUCGACGCGCUCGGCAUCGGCGCCCAAGAAGCGCCGAGGCGUGGACUGCGCCGGCCUUUGCUAGGAAAGGUAAUGUCCUGGCAGCGAGGGGGCGUGGACACUUCUACAGACGCCGAUGUCAUCAUUUGGCGCGCUUCCGCAGGCCAGUGUUUCAGCAAGAGCGCCUCGGGGGCACGACCCGCACCAGACGGGCGCCCUUUCCAGCAUUUCUACGCGCAUUGGAUUCUUCUCCCACCCGAAGGAGUAGUCGCAUCAUGCGAGCAGCCAACAAACAAACCGACCAACAGAAUGCCCCGGCCGUCAAGAGGCAUUUGCUGGCCCAGACACUGCGAGCGUCGACCUCGAGGCCUCCUCCCUCCUCCCUGCUCCCCCUGCUCCUCCUCGCCAGAGCACGGUCGGCGACGUCGACCAGCGUGCCCGCCUGCCAGUCGCAGCGACAGUCGCUCGUCCGGGAGAGCGCGUCCCCGCAGGGAAGGGCCCCGCGGCUCGCGCGCACCGGCGCGCUGCCUCGCGGGCCUCGCGCAGCGGCGGGUGCCGCUGCGGCCUUGGUGCGGCGGCGACCGAGGGGGGGGGGAACAAGGGGGCGCACUGAGAAA